AGGCUAAAACUAUACUAAAAUCAUGACUACAGAAAUACCCGUUCUGCUAGCUGCCGUGUCUCUGUUUUCUGCCCUUCAAAUUGGGUACCUGGCGAGACGGGUGGGGCUGGCGAGAAUGACACACAAGAUCAUACCACCCACUGUCACUGGACCACCGGAGUUUGAGAGAACAUUCCGGGCACAUCAGAACAAUGUUGAGUUGUACCCAGUCUUCCUAGUGGUGCUGUGGACUUCUGGACUGCUCUGCAGUGAAGUGCUUGCUGUUCUCGGAGGUGUUGUGUAUAUGGUGGCUCGACACAUGUAUUUCAAUGGAUACGUCAUGUCCACUGAAAAAAGGUUGCCUGGGUUUUACCUGACUUUGGGUGCCUUAUUCUGCUUGUCUGUGCUCAGCACCAUCGGUAUUCUUCAUGGUAUUUUCCUUGAAUACUUUUACAAAAUAGUUUCUAUGAUGGUAACACAUUAGCAAUGAAUAUUAACAAAUGGAUGGGGAAAAUGCCAUGGUGGUGACAUUUCUGUUUUGUGCUAUAUAAUUGUGAAACUCCUAAAUAAAAUCAAAUAUUUUAC